GCAAGACCUGUGCCGCGCGCGUUGCCGCUCCUGCCUCUCUCCUCCCUCCGCCUCGCGGCACAGCUCCGCGCUCUGGCGGCAUCAGCGGCAGGCUGCUGGCUGCUCUUGUUGCUAGGGAGGCGCCGACGGACUCCAGCGUUCUGCGCGUGGCUUGUGUUGGAGUCAGGACAGUGGGUGAGCAGGAUGAAGGAGUGGCUGUUGGUGCUGCUGCUGUUGGGGUUGGCCUUCAGCGACGCGAGAACUGCACUUGAGGCAGAUAAGGCUGACGACACAGCGAAUGGCGGCGAGGACUAUUCUGAAGAACGGGUGGAUGUGGCCCGGGUAGAAAACUCUGAGGAACGAACAAACCCCUGUUCGGACAAAGAAUGCAAGCGAGGAGAGAUUUGCAUCCUGGACUCCAAGCUCACCCCCAAGUGUGUGUGCAUCCCUACCUGCGUGACACCGGAUCCCAGUGACGACAGGUUUCAGGUAUGCAGCAAGCGCAACAUCACCUACCACUCCGAGUGCGCCCUGGACCGUGACCACUGCUUGUGCCGACGUCAGCAGAAAGGAUGUUCAAUCCCUGGCGCCACCAAGAUUCGCCUCGACUACUACGGUCCUUGCCAACAGCUGACGCCGUGCUAUGAACGGGAGCUGAAGGAGUUUCCUGUGCGCAUGCGCGAAUGGCUCUACGUCAUCAUGCAACAACUGGCCCAGCGGGCGGAGAUCCCCGACUACCUGGAGCUGCUGGAGGAGGCGCGCCACGAGGCCAACCAUUCGCACGCCGUCAUCUGGAAGUUCUGUGACCUGGACGUCGAUCCACAGGACAGAUUCGUAACACGACGGGAACUGCAGUACACCAUCCAGUCCCUGAAGGCGAUGGAGCAUUGUCUGCUGCCCUUCCUGGACAAGUGCGACAUCGACAGCGACAGUCAGAUCACACUAUGGGAAUGGGGCCGUUGUCUCGGCAUUGAUGAGGCCAAGAUUAUAGAUGAAUGCAAGGCUAUCCGCAGAGCAGCUAAGCGCCAAGAAGAUUGAUGUCAGCAGCAAGGACAUUAUCCAUGAACAUGUCAUUCUCCGAUGACACAAGCUCUCAACGUAUGUGAAAACGAUGGCAUUUCUCCUGUGGAUCUCAGUUAAUCGACUUGUAAAGAUAUAUAAACGAUCUUCGUGGUCAGAAAACACACAGACAAGCAUAACAUAAGGUACAAACACGCAAGACACAGACAUGCACUAUACAUAUGCGCAUAUGCACGAGCUUAAGUGCACGCUAGCGGACGUUUGUGUUCAAUGUACACGUGAAGUCAUCAACAAAAGUGUUGCUAGGGAACAGCGAUGUGAGGGUCUUCCUGCAGUCAUUCUAGCACCAUAGCCACGUAAGUGCAAUACGGUAGUUCAGAUACUAUGUUGUCAUAACCACUCACGGUCCUGCAAGCUCUUGCAUAACCCCUCUCCACCUGACCUUGCUUGCUGGCUGAUUUACAUAUCUCUUAGAUGACAGGCUGAGUCCGAUGAGGUAGGUUCACGUUUAGUUUAGUUUCCCUACAGACAUAGGUAACGCUCGUAGUAUAGAGAACCUUAGCAAGUUACCUGUCGAACGCUAGAUGAUGCUCGUGACACGUGAAUAACAUGUGAGGUCUUCCAGAAGCAUUACUACAAGUGUACCCCAGCACUUCUGGCCGAUUCAAAAUUAUGGCGUGCCAUCAAAGAACGAUAACUGUGUCGCCUGGAAAGGAAAACUGAUGAUCUGGUCGAAGUUACGGCGCGAUGAGAGAACACCACCUCGCAAAGAGAGCCCAGGGGUGGACAUCUUGUCUUUUAUCAACGCCCUCGAGCGCACAGUAGCAACCGGAAAGUGGAUCUGAACGCAGGUUCAGCAAGAAGGUUGAUAGGUAGGGUGGGGUGAAAGUGUGAGAAUGACUUUUACAGGUCACUGGGAUAGCUUUUUCGUGAUCUUUUGCUUGUUUUUUUUUAAUUUUACACAUAUACAUAUGUAUCUCGGAAGAUUUAACACAUCGAAUAUUCUAGAUUUUUUACCUGUGGUAGAGCUAUAUUUUGUUGCUCACCUUCCGCUUUUCUGCCUCUUGCUGUAUCUUACUCCAUCAUUAAUCUGUGCAGGCGACAGCAGUUGUGUCAUGCAACUGCUUGAGAUCUGCUGGAACUGACCGCAGCCGAUAGUAAUGUUGUCUCUCCAUCCUCCCUCUAACCUUUUUAUAAAUAAAAUAAAAUUUGAUGUUAUCAUAGGGUCAUCACUUUUUUUAAAACCAGAUCUUUAAUGUCGAGCUGUAUUUUUUGAAACAGACUCUACGAUUGGAUGUCAAUGGUAACGUCAUCAUUGUGGUAGUUGUUUGUUUCGUACAACGGAAACCAUGCUUUUAUGUUCUUUAUGACGUCAUCACUGGUGUUUGCAAUAUGCAGGGUGACGUGCUGUCGUGUGUGACCUGCGGCACUGAUUUCCAUGGUGCUAAUCACUUGGCUGCGGCUCACUGCCAUAGAAACUGCCUCUGGAGCUGUGUACAUCUGCUGCCAGUGACCACAGUGCGCCUGUACUUCGGAAUGUGAAUCAGACGGACACUUGUUUGUUUAUUUGUGUUUAAUGCCCAGCAACUAGGGCUAUAGCACGGCAAAUCAGACGGACACGUCCUUAGCCAUAUCAAUAGUCCUAUAAAGGAAGUGAGUCGAAGUCGCGAACACCAACAUUUGGGAAGAACGGGAGCCGGGGGGUACACAGGCAGUUCGUAUCUUUUCCUGUACAUAAAAUGCUCACAAGACCUGUUUACCCCUAUAAAGCGUAAAAGGAAAUUUCCGUAUGCAAGCGGCCCAGACCCUUGUAGGGACAUCGAUGCAAGUGGAAAGAGUUUAACCUGCUUGGUGUCUGUUGCCCUCGGCUGUGUAUUGACAAAACAAGAGCGCGCAACUUUUUAUCAUUUUCUAAAGAAAUUUUAGACCUACAAAAAAAUUCCCUUUGGACCAUUUUGUACAAAACCGAAAAUCAUAACCCUUGCUAGUAAGAGCUUAGUAUUGUAUGUCCACUGACAAGAACGGAUAGUCAAAGGCGCCGGACGUCCUGUUGUUCUCUUCAAGUACAGACUGCACUUGUGGUCACUGGCAUGUACACAGUUGCAAACUUGUGUAUGUUGCUGAUUCCAGCCACUUAAAACAAGCAUUUAAAUGUUAUGACAAGAUAUUCUUCUAUGACCGAUUUCUAUUUUUCACUCUAAGCUGUUUUGUAGAAAAUGGUGUGAAAAUAAACAAUGUAAAUCUGUGACGCACCAA